AUGUACUUCUUAAUAUCAUUAUUUCAACAUUACCAAAAUUUUCAGGGGCAUUCAGCUCGGUUGAAACAUUGGAUCUCCACCGGUCUAGCUCUCCUCGCUCUCGGACUAACUCUACAUUUCACCCACUUGAUGCCUUUGAACAAACAACUAUAUAGUUUCAGCUACACAUGCGUAACCUCCGGUGCAGCCGCGCUUGUCUUCUCCGCCUUGUAUUCUCUGGUGGAUAUAAUGGAGUGGAAACACAUGUUUCUGCCUCUAAAAUGGAUAGGAAUGAAUGCAAUGCUGGUGUACGUGAUGGGAGCUGAAGGAAUUUUAGCUGGUUUUUUCAACGGUUGGUACUAUCGACACCCGCGCAAUACACUGAUAAAUUGGAUUAAAGAGCAUGUUUUUGUCCAAGUUUGGCAUUCAAGAAGAGUUGGUGUUCUAAUGUAUGUUAUUUUCGCGGAAAUUCUCUUCUGGGGUUUGGUUACUGGUGUUUGCCACAGGUUCAAGAUCUACUGGAAACUAUAA